AAGGGGCGUGUCCAGAGGUGGGUGUGUGGCUCUCAGCUGAUGCGCGUACCAACCGACCGACUCCAUCAUCAGCAUCCGACGCUGACAGCGGUCGAAGGUAGGCAGCAUCCCUGACGAAAAACCGCUGCAUCGUGGAACAGGAAGCGCAGGGCGCAGGACGAGCGGGGCGCAGGUCUCCUCCUCGCCACAAUAGCGCUCACCGUGGCUGCCAUCUUUGCCAACCCUCCCCGCUGCAAACGAGUGAGUAGCGUUCGAUGAUGGACCGCCAGGAUGCUGCAUUCGUGUGUGUGCCCCCACUACCUGCAUUAGGUUGUGAUGACCCACACUACUGCCAAAUGUAUCUGUGACACUCCCCAAUCCUGACUCCUAACCUCUAAUCCCUGACCUUUGACCCCCACUAUGGGCAGUGUUGGCAGUGGGGUGGCAGGAGAGCAAGAGUUUGCCAUGAAGUCAGUAGGCACCAGGACCACUCUGCCCAGAGCGCCACCGCUAUCUCGACGUUGCCCGGCUGACCGCAGCUGCAGCGCCGAGCGGCUGCCCCGACACCCGGCCACUAUAUCGGACGGAACGGCGUCUAGCGAUGAGCGCGGGAGCAUCAGUAUCGGGACCGGGACCUGUACUGGCACUGACCGACCCACCGAGACAGCCUCCACCACCAACACCGACUGCACCAUGACAGCCGCCUGCAACAACAACCAGAUGGAGUGUGGCAACGGAGCAGGCAGGAGGGAGUGGGAGAGGCAACGCGAGCGGGGCAGAGACAGGGACCGGGACAGAGACUGGGACCGAGAGAGACUGGAGAGAGAGCGGGAGAGAGAGCGGAACCGUGAGAGAGAGCGGGAACGGGUGGAAAGGGAGAGGCUGGAAAGGGAGAGGGAGCGAGAGAGGGAGAGAGCAAGAGAGAGGGAACGAGAGAGGAUAGAGAGGGAGAAGAUAGAGAGGGAGAGGGAGAGAGAAAGGGAGCGAGAGAGAGAGCGGGAAAGAGAGAGGUUGGAGAAUGAGCGGCUGGAGCGAGAGAGAGAAAGAGAGCGUGAAAUGCAGGCUGCUGGUUUGGAUGUUUGUGGUAACAUUGUGGGACGAGGUGCGCCGGAGAAGACCAGCGUUGGCAUGAACACGCACCAGCACAGGGAGAUGGUGCUGCCCAGGACCGACAGUGAGAGCAACCCAGCCGGGCACAACCCCCCGAACCACAACCCUCCCAAGAUCAUGGCAGUUUCUGGCAAACUGGAGCAGGCGAUGCAGAGUAACUCCGGCCUGGUUCGUCCCUCAGCCUUCAAACCAGUGGUCCCAAAAAGUUUCCACUCCAUGCAGAACCUGGUGGGCCAAGCUGGAGGAGCCGGGGGUGAGGGCAAGGCGGAAGGAAGGAGCGAAGGUUUCAGUGAAGGCAGAGGCGGCAGGAGAUGCAGGGAUGGAGGCGGGGGAGAGUCAGGAGAAGUGCCCGAGGCCCUGCUCCUGGACCAGGAAAGCCCAGUGAGGGUGGGCAGGAAUGAGGGCAUGGGUAACGGUAAUGAGGCGGUCCAGGGAGGGAUGUCAGACUCAGGCAGGAACUCCCUGACCAGCCUGCCCACCUACACUGGCUCUGGUUCCGGGUGUGGACCCCCAGCUGUUCUGGGGCCUCUCAGUGCUUCCACCAGUCAUAUAAACCGCUUGGGCAUGGCGGGUGCAGCUGCAGGUCUGGAGAAGCUAGACAAACCGGGCUACCAGAACGGACUGAGCACGUCCGACAGCGGUCGCUCCUCCUCGGGCAAGAGCUCCUCAUCGUAUCAGCGCCUCAGCCACCUGAGUGAUGCACCUGGACCCCUGCGCCCAUCUCCCUCUUCAGACGACAUCAUACAGGACCUGGAGGACCGCUUGUGGGAGAAAGAGCAAGAGGUGCAGCACAUGCGCCGGAACCUGGACCAAAGUGAAGCAGCGAUUAUUCAGGUGUUUGAAGAGAAGCAGCGGGUCUGGGAGCGGCAGAUGGAUGAGCUGAGACAGAACUAUGCGUCACGCUUGCAACAGGUUACGAGGCGUGCUCAGCGGUCACAGACUGCUCUGCAGGCUCAGAUCACCCGCCUGUCCCAGGACAAGAGACGGCUCCAGGAGGAGAUGGCGGCUCUGCUGGCCCAAAGAGAGGAGCUAGAGAGAAAGUGCCUGGAUUACAGAAAGGAGCAGGCUGACAUCUUACCUCGCCUGGAGGAGACCAAGUGGGAGGUGUGUCAGAAGGCAGGAGAGAUCUCUCUGCUGAAGCAGCAGCUUCGGGAAAGCCAGGCUGAAGUUACGCAGCGAGCUGGAGAGAUGGUGGCCCUCAGAGGCCAACUGAAGGAGCUCAACGCCCAACUGAGGGAGCAGGAGGAAACCAUGCUGGGCCUGAAGGACUCGUACAGCACCAAGAGUCUGGAGCUGGAGAAGUGCGAGGCGGAGCUGAGGAGGACACUAUCAGAGGUGUCCAUUCUGAGAGAGAAGCUGGGUGUGUUUGAGGCCGAGGUGCUGAGUCUUAAACGAGCCCUGAGUGAAGUCAGCAGAGGCGCCGAAGUUGUCGUCAGUCCCAACUUGGCUGCCGCAGGGCUGCUGCCGCCGUGGGGAAUGGUCCACUGUCCACGGAACCCCAGCGACUCCUCGAACAACUCCCUCACACCCACAGCUGACACUCUGCUGAGCCUUCAGAGCGAUGAAGCAAAAGCUCAGAGACAGGAAGCUCAGCGCCAGGAGAGGCAGCAACGAGAGGAAGCUCAGUGGCAGCAGCGGCAAGACGCCCACAUGCAGCAGGAUAUGCAGAUGCGCCCGGAGGCUCAGCUUCGCCAAGAAGCCCAAAUUCGGCAGGAGGCUCACCUCCACCGCGAAGUCCAAAUCCGUCAAGAGGCCCAACUUCGCCAAGAAGCACACCUCCGUCAGGAGGCCCAACUACGCCAAGAGGCCCAGCUGCGUCAUGAGGCCCAACUCCGUCACGAGGCCCAACUGUGUCAGGAGGUGCAGCGAGCCCAGGAAGGACAUUGGGACGAGGCUGGGGAACUGCGGAGGCAGCUGGAGCAACUGCAAGCUGCUCUACGGCUUGAGCGCCAGCAGCGAGAGCGGCAGGCGCUCAACUUUGAUCAGGAGCGACACACCUGGCAGGAUGAGAAGGAGCGGGUGCUGAAGUACCAGGCGCAGUUGCAGCUGAGUUACGUGGAGACCCUGCAGAAGAACCAGGCGCUGGAGAAACGUAUGAGCCAGUUGGGAGCCAAACCAACCACAACCUCGACUACCACCACCACCACUAUCACCACCACCUCUCCCUCGUCAUCAAACUCACCACCACCAGCACUUUCAGCUCUGUCUCCUCAGUCCCCCCCCUCCCUCCCCGGUCCCAUCACUCUCACCCUCUCCCCUCCCUGUGAGGACCAGAAAGGCCCACCCUCUCUCCAUCAGCUUGCACCUCCCUGGGCUGGCCCUUCACGUCUGGAAAGAAUAGAAUCCACAGAGAUUUAGAUUUGGAUACUGAACACACUCCAUGACCUGGCCUCCCACAGACAGCCAUUUUCUCAUUUAUGAAAUCAUUUCUGUUUAGUAGUUUGACCGAGAAUAUAAACAGCCACACUAAAAAAAAAAAAAAAAAAAAAAAAGCAGUAACUGCCAAGUCCUUAAUAUCAUACAUCCAUAUCGAUCAGUUUACCAACGCUAUCAGUCAGCACACUUCAUCUCUCAAUAUUCAUCUGUGUAAAUGCACCAGACGGAUCGGCAGUAAAAAGAGUGAACAGUCAAAAACAAAAUCUUUAUUUGGUGCCCAUGCAAGAAAAGAAGACAAUCAGGGAUAUUGUCAGAAAUUACAACAAGAAUAUAAUGCGGUAUUUAUUCAUUGUAAGUCUGUGUCACUGGUUAUGUAAAAGUAGAAUAGUGGUCAGAGUGUGUGAUGUUAUCCUGCAUUUACGGCCAGAGAGCGCCUUACUCCAUUCUCUCCAGCGUGUAGAGGAGAAUAAAAACAGCUGGGAGUAAAUGAAAAAAUAUCAGUAGAAACAAUGCUUUAUUUGAUCGUGUAUCAGUCAAUUCAGAGCGGGAGUGUUUUCUUCAGUCCUUGCAGAAUUAAAUUUACAAUCUCACUCAAAAAACGGAUUUUUAAACCCAUCAUUUUAUGCACAGGGUCCGACAUGCAUGACCCAAACAUAUCCUGAAGUCCUACAGAGCUUAUAUUUUCUAUAAAAAAUAAUAAUUAAAUAGAUGUUUAGAGGAUAAUCAACCCCACCUGAAUAGUUUUAACAUGGUAGAACCUAGUUCACCUUCACUGCAGAUGCGGUGACUAAAAACGAACACUGGAGGUCGCGAGAGAGCUUUAACUUGUAGCUCACUUUUUUCCCUCUUCAUUUUAAGCUGUUUAACAGUGUAUAUGAAUGAAGCACACAAUCUGAAUUUGGUUAAUGGUUAUGUCAUUCACGUUGUGCAUUUACAGCCAGGAGAGCAGUCUGAAUCCCCAAAGUUUAAAGACAAAGUUAUAGAAUGUAUGAUACGCUAGAAAGAUAUUAAAUAAUAGAUAAGGAUUGUACAUGUGUGUGUGUGUGUGUGGGAGUGUGUGUUACAGCGCGCAAGUGUGCAUGUGUGUAUUCCUAUGGAAAAUAGCUUAUAAGAAUAGAGGGACUAGUUGCAAUACAGCAGAUGAAGGGAAUUGAGUUUUUCUGUUUGUUUUGUAAUUGGUUGGUGUAAAAUUUCAAUCUCAGAGACUAUGAGCUGGUUUGGGGAAAAUAAUGUAUGUAGUUGUCAACGGGGGUCAGGAAGAUGAGCAAAGGCUAACUUCACUACGUGUCAGGAAUACGAGUUAUGAUGUACAGUAGACUUCAAAUGUGAAUAUCAUGGCUUUUAUAUGUGUUGUUUAUGCCAGCAUACAAAGAUGUUGCUCAAGAAUAUUAACUUAUCUCUAAUGUAUUACAUAGUAUUAUCAUCUUUAUUACUGUUAAUUAUAUUAUGGUGAUCUGACAGAGAAGAUAUGUGCCAUUAAACUUUACUUUUAUGUGCUUUUUUUUCCUGUUUGUUUUUGGUUUUCUUUGGUUUUCUGUAGAUAGACUAUCGGACUACCGUACGGUGGAAUCAUAGCAAACCUGUCCAAAAGAAAAAGAAAAUAAGAAAAAGGAAAAAAAACAUGUUUUCUUUUGAUGUAGUUGAUAAUUGUAGUUCAAGUAUUGCAUUGUUUAGAGGUCAAAACUGUUAUCGAUUUUAUACAUGUUUACAUUUAUGUUACUAGAAAUGUUUUUGGCUUGAUUACAACCACUCUUUUUGUUCAAAAACAAAAGACUAAUAAAGAAAUGUGAAUAAUUCA